UACAUUCAGCAGAUGUUUUUGGACCGAUAAAUCGCUACAGCUGUGUGUUUGGAUCCUCUGGACAGUCCGCGUUCGUGAUUAUUCCCGAGUCGGAUCUUCAAAGAGGAAACAAUGUAACCUGGUAACACACGAAUGCAGGCUAGAGUUGAGAGGAUCCUAGAGCAGCAGUAAGCCGGGCCGAAGUGAGGUGAGAGCGCAGGCACAUCGCAGCCAUGCUGGAGGAGGACAUGGAGGUGGCCAUCAAGGUGGUGGUGGUGGGGAACGGAGCGGUCGGGAAGUCCAGUAUGAUCCAGCGAUACUGCAAGGGCAUCUUCACCAAGGACUACAAAAAGACCAUCGGGGUUGACUUUCUGGAAAGACAGAUCAUAGUUAAUGGCGAGGACGUCAGACUGAUGUUGUGGGACACGGCGGGACAGGAGGAGUUUGACGCCAUCACCAAGGCCUAUUACAGAGGAGCUCAGGCCUGUGUGCUGGUCUUCUCCACCACCGACAGAGAGUCCUUUGAGGCCAUCAGCAGCUGGAGGGAGAAGGUGGAGAUGGAGGUCGGAGACAUUCCCACCGUCCUGGUGCAGAACAAAAUCGAUCUCUUGGACGACACGGUCAUCAAAAAUGAAGAGGCUGAAGGUCUCGCUAAGAAGCUGAAGUUACGGUUCUAUCGGACAUCGGUGAAAGAAGAUCUCAACGUCAAUGAAGUUUUUAAGUAUCUAGCUGACAAAUAUCUGCAACGACUCAAGCAGCAGUCAGCAGAGGAGACCGAGGUCGUUCACACAUCCAGCAAUAAAAUAGGCGUUUUCAACACCACCGGCGGCGGCCAUCCCAACCAGACCGCCGGCGAUCUGAACGGCCGUGAGGUCGUAAACCUGCGACCAAACAAACAGAGGACCAAGAAAACGAAAAACCCCUUCGGUAGCUGCAGACUGCUCUGAUCCGCGGCAUGCCCCGCGGAGAUUAGACCGGCCGCCGAUUGAUGCGAGGCUUCGUUAGCGCUAAUUAUAGUUGAAGAAAAGCCAAGCGUCCGCUCUGAAGGUGUGUAACCCGGAGCAGAUACGUCAUAAUGUGUGUGUGUGUGUGUGUGUCAUCAUGUCAUGGGCCCCUGUAGGCUGCUGGCGCCCUCUGCUGGCAGACACUGCUUACACCACUAGUGUUUCUGCCAUUAGCAGCAUCACACAGAAUCGCAAAACCGUAAAUCGGAGGUCCGUUGAUCUAUUUUUGUACGACGAGUAGGCCUAAAUCUUUUGGACACUGCCCUUCCUCACAUUUGAACAACAACGGCGGCUCAAAAUUGCAAAUCUUUUUAAGCGAGUUAUUCCACGUGGUACACAGCAGGGUAACUUUCUCUAACGAGAGUACUUACAACAGAAACAAAUACGAUUUCUAACACACCAUUCGUGCAUUUGGACUGUUCAUCGUUAGUGCAAUAUGUUUGUAUUGAUGGAGAUGCGUCAUUUGCUGUCACAAUCUACCCUUAAAAAGUUAUGUUCAUUUGCUGUUUCUGAUAUGAACGUCAAGUUUCGAUCCGUAUCUUAUAGGUAUUUUUGUAUGAGAAAUAUAGUAAAGUAAUGACUUACUUAAAUUCGUAACAUUUAACACGGUGCCAAAAUGUUUCUAAACUCCACAUACUUGUAAGAAAUGUAAAUAGUGGUUAGUAAACGGUCGGACGAGUCAGAUUUUUAAACAUUUCAGAUGAUCUCGACAUCAUUGAUAUGCAUCUGCAUCCUGUUCUGAACACCGCACCAAACGGAGGAGGUGUGAUUAUAUAGAAAGGUAUUCUUUUGGGAUAAAGAAUUAUUAUUAUUAUUAUUAUUAUUUUCUUUUUUCUGGUUGCUAACAACUGGCAACUCCGCCAGAUAUUAAUUACAGUGUAAUAUUAGUGCUGGGGCUGGGCGAUAUUGCCACUAGAAGUUACUCGAUAUUAUUAAACCUUUAUCAAGAUGACAUUGACAUGGCAUAAAACUGUCAUCAUAUCCAAACCUCUGUUGCAUCAGUUGGUCAUGUUUUGAGACCGUUCACUAAAUGAACAGCGUACGUUCAUUCACACGCACCAGCAAUAAACAAUAAUACUUAUUUACGCACUUCCCCCUACUUUUACUAAAUAAUUUGUAACUCUUAAACGCGCAGGAACUUAUUGCUGUUUUAAGAACAAAUAAUGAAUUCAAAUAUUGCUUUGGGUUUUUUUAUAUUUUCCAAUCGAAGAGUUUGUGUAUCUUACCAGCUCUAAUACUGUUACAGCAACUGAAGUUGAAAUCCGAUGCUAUGAAACAUCUCUUUCACGACGCUCUCAUGCCACUCACUUUGAGGCCGUUAUAAAUGUAGCGAUCGCCCAGCCCUUCUCGCUGCUUCACAUUUACAUGUACACCGAUUAUUAUGUUGCGCACAUAUUUUUGCAUACAUGAAAAUCCGCUUGACGAUCUGCAUCUGCUUGACGUCUGUUCAUUGCUGGAAUCGAUUGGAGAGUAAAUACAUAUUCAAAAUCCGCUCAGGCCCAUUAAUUUAGUCAGUCUAUAAAACUCACUUUCAGAAUAUAUUCUGAUAGCCAAGAUCUCCUGUUUAUUCUUGGAUUAAAUUGCACUGCUAUAAACACGACCUUCAGCACAGCAUCAGGCUUUAUAUAUAUAUAUAGAUAUAUAGAUAUACAGGAAUUCACAGACCUGUGUGUGAAACUAAAAUGUACGUUUCUACAGGAUCUAUGACGAAAACUAGCCUCCCAAAGUCCCAGAGCCUUAACCACUAAAGCCAUUAGAAAUGCACAGCUGAUCUUGUUUGAUGUUACUGAAAAUCGACGUGCUAAAUGUUUUACUCAAUUAGACUCCUUAAACCCAACAUUCCCUCUCUGAGUUUUAUAUUGGAAUCAGUCAGCGGGCGUUAGCGAAUUGUUCAAACCUCCCAGCGGUUUUGAUAUGAGUUUGAGAUUUCUCUUGCCAUACUCCGUUCACUCGUUUCAUGCGGCUUAACUUUUGAUUGAUUGUAUUUAUUCAUGAAUCGCAUGCCUCGCAUUUAUGUUUGAAUGUGCAAUCGCGGUACUUCGCCACAACGGCCUUCAUGUUUACAGUGCUCAUCAGCUUAUGUUAACUGGCUCGAUGUGAUGAAUGUUGGUUUUCUCAUUUGCUGCAGUGAAAUGACGACGGCGACACUACAAUGAACUAAAGGCACUUUAUUUAUCUGAUAUAAUUCCUGAUCAUGUUAUUGCUUGGUUAUCUUAAAUAUACAGUGAAUAUAGUUUCUACUACGAGAACUGCUUACAUUUUUAUUUUUUUUCUUCUUCAUGACUUUCUAGUAGACGUUGAGAAUAUGCCAGCAGCACCUGUUACUACCUGCGUAUUUUUUUUUUUAGUCGGCAGAAGUGUCAUUUGAAGUGAUUCGCUUGUUUUUGACUAUGAUUAAAGGUCUGGUGGGAUCAUU